AAUACACCACAGGUAGGACCAAGUACCAGACUGAACGAUGAUAAUUCAUUAAAGGUUGCAUUGGAAUUUAAAAGAGGUCAUAAAAAGGGAAAUAAAAAUGCUGCAAAACUAAAGCAAGCCUGUAUGACAAUAGAAACUCUUAGAGCUGACAAAAUUAGAAUGUUUAGAGAAAAGAAAAGGUUACAGAAGCGAAUAGAGCGGCUUAAGAAAAAAGAAGAAAAGAAAGAUGAAUGUGAAAAAGUGCACGAAUGAAUCACUUACUCCAAAGUCUCGUACCAAAGAAGAAAUGAAAGACCUGAACAUAACUCCAAGAAAAAGAUUGCAAAUCCGUAAGAAGUUGUUGUUUGCAAAUGUUCUACAAGAUGAAAUAAAAAGUAGCCUGUCUGCUGCAAACAAGAAGAAAAUCAGAGUUCUUUCUAUGAAGAUAGUGAAAAAAUACAGAGGAAUGAAAUCAGUCGGCAAAAUCUUAAACAUAGAUGAAAGAACAUUGAAAAGGUGCACUGGAUCAUUGGUAAGAAGAAGUUCAGUCCAAGAAAAGCGAAUGUUAAUGAAAGUCCGAGUUGAGACUUUUUUGGAACGGGAAGAUAACUCAACAACAAUGCCUGGUAAAAAUGACACAAUCGGUAGAGAGAAAGUACAGAAAAGGGUCCUCAAUGAUUAUCUUCACAAUCUCUACGCUAAAUUUAUGCUUGAAAAUCCCGGUACUAAAAUCUCAAAGAGUAAAUUUUGCCAGAUGAGACCAAAGCAUGUUUUGCUAGCUAACUUCUGUAACCGUACCACUUGUUUGUGUUCUCGACACCAAAACAUGGCUUUAAAACUUAGAGCACUUAAACCACUUUUACCAGGGAUAAGCAAGAAUCCUGACACAUUUAUAGCUACAGAUCAAGAAAAACUAAAAGAAAACCUACAAAACCUAAAUGUUGAAACAAUAACUUACACGGAAUGGAAGAAAGUAGAAGAUAAGGGAAAACAGAGAUGGAAACAAAUACAAACACAAGUUAAAAAGGAUGCUUUUAUUUGUGAAUUCAUGAAAAACGCAAAUGAUUUCUAUUAUCAUGUACAGAGGGUUAAGACUCAGUAUGCUGAAAUGAGAAAGCUUAGGAAUAGCCUUCCAGAGGGACAUGUUUUGGCGUGGAUGGAUUUUGCGGAAAAUUUUACAUGUAGUGCCUUGGAAGAAGUACAAUCUGCAUACUGGACCUCAGACCAGGUAACGCUGCACACGUCGGUUAUCUAUUUUCCAAGCAAGCAUAAUAAAUCUCACAAAAGUAUAGUUGGUGUUUCCGAAGUCCUUUCACACAACUCGUCAAUGGUAUAUGCAAUGAUUCAGCAACUGGUUCCGAUGAUUAAAGAACAUUAUUCUGGCCUGACACAUAUCCAUUAUCUUACUGAUUCCCCUACAUCACAAUACCGAAACAAGGCAAUUUUUCAGCUUGUGUGCGACCAUGCUGACGAAUUUGGCGUGUCAGCUACUUGGGAUUAUCUAGAAGCAGGACAUGGCAAAGGCCCGUGCGAUGGCCUAGGCGGAAGCGUAAAAAGAGCCGCUGACAUGUCUGUGCGUCAAGGCAAGGCCGUCAUUCAAGGCGCAGAUGACUUUUUCGCUUGGGCAAAAUCCACUGAGAUCACUAGUGAGGUUAUUUAUUAUUAUGUCACACAAGACAAUUAUGAAACAGCACAUCAGCAAAUUCAGAAUAAAACAACUGGUUUGAAAGUAGUACCUGGUACCAUGAGAGUUCAUGCCGUAGCUCCGAUAAAUCGCACACGAAUUGCUGUUCGUGAUACUUCGUGUAAUUGUCAAAACUGCAUCAAUAGUACCGUAAACAAUAAAUGUGAGGGCUGGAGAUAUUUUGAUUUGAAAGCACCAAAUAAAGAACAGGAACUAGAAGAUGAAUCUAGUAUCGUUAGAGAGCAACAUAUUGUUGUUCCUAAAGUUGGAACAUUUGUAUCUGCGAUUUAUGAUACUAAAUGGUAUGUUGGAUUAGUUACUGCCAUUGAAGAUGAUGAGGUAGAGAUAAACUUUAUGCAACAGGCUG